AUGCCCAACAUACCGUUAGUGGCUGAACUUGGUACCAAAUGUGCCGAGUUUCAACGCUUGCUCAACACCUCCGAGGUGCCUGAGGUUGUCAAGAAGAAGCUCCGCCCGUCUAUGGACCCUAAAGAACUUUUCACUUCUCAGGACUCUAGAAUAUUUGUCCGAUGUCGUCCAAUUAUACCUUUCGACCAAGAAGACAUGAAUAGCAAAAGUAUCAUUCGUAAAGUGGACGGGUAUCGCGAUCCUGUUGUAAUGUCCCCCAAAAUUUCACUAGCUGGACAGUGCACAAUCGAGCCACACAGCGUAACUCUCGACGGAGUUUUUUGCGGAGGGGAUGACACCGAACGCGUAUACAUGGAGUCAUGUGCACCUCUCGUUCACUUGUCGGUUGAGGGUGCCUCGACCUGUGUUUUGUGCUAUGGACAAACAGGGAGUGGUAAGACGCAUACGACGUUGGGUAUUGUUGGCCUUAUGUCAAGGGAUCUGGCUCCUUACUUUGCUUCACAUAACAUUUUCAUUACAGUUAUUGAGAUACAAGCAAACAAAAAUAUUGAUCUCCUGACCGGUUCAGAGGUUCAGGUAGUUGAGGAUAUAUCUGGUGAGUUGAAGAUCCGUGGAACAGAUGGUUUUGAAUGUUCUAAUGAUGAAAUGUUAUUAGCUGUGUUCCAAGAGGCGGCAUCCCAGAGGAUGACAAAGGCAACAGGGAGAAAUGAAGUCUCUUCCCGCAGCCACAUGGUUACCUGCAUACAAAUAAUUUGUAAGAACAGCACGUGGGUUAAACCAGGGGAGUUAUUUAUUGUGGAUCUUGCCGGAAGUGAGAACACAGCGGACAGCGCUACACAUGAUAAGGAAAGACAAAUGGAAGCAAAGUUCAUCAACACCUCACUUAUGACGCUGAAAGAAUGCAUCCGGGCGCGAGCAAUGGCAGCGACAAGCACCAGUCACCUGCAUAUACCAUUUAGAAGAUCGCCUUUAACACUAUUACUGCGUGAUUGUUUUGAAAUUGCUGUGAAGAGACCAACGAAGACGGUAGUAAUAGCAUGUGUUUCUCCUCUGUUGAGAGAUUCUAGACAUACAAUAAACACAUUGAGGUACGCCUCCUUGCUUGCGGUAACCGUUCCAGCACGUAUUGUUGCUGAUGACCCCGACGAUCCAAAUGGGUUUGACAGGGAGCAAGCGUUGGCAUUUAUAUGUCGGUGCUCGAGAGGUCGGAUUACCAACCCAGAAUAUAUUCUUCCUGAAGGAGAUGGUCGUACCCUUGUUCAUAUUCCUGAGGCAGAGUUCAUCCGUCGCAUAAUGGAAUCUCAUGCGAAAAUAAGCGAGAAAGGCGCCAAACAGAUCUAUACGUCUGUGUGGCAAAAAAUAGUGGAUGCUCGAACAAAGGGGCGCAAAGUCAUGACAUCAUCAAAGAAAGCCCCCAUUGCCCCGCGGUGUGCUACGCAGAGGAGAUGA